CAUUGAGAGGAAAGACAACGAAAAGAAAAGGAUACUGAGGUGACGACCGGAAAAGAUGAAGCAAAUGGUAUUUUCGUUGGAGAUGCGAGUCGAUUCCGAUAGAAAAGGACCCUUCGUACUUCUUCUCUUUCUUCUUUUGCUUCUAAUCCUUCCCAGUAUUUAAACUCUCUCUUCAUCUUCCAUUCUUUCCUUUUCUCUUGUUUCAGUGAACCUGUUCUUCUUCUUGUCGGUUUGAGGAUUAAAGUCUUAAACUUUGAAAGCUAAAGCUUCGGAGAUAAGUUCAUCUUCGGUUGAGGGUUCUCUUUGUUUUGUGAUUAUGCCAUAGAAGUGUUGCUUAGUUAAACUGGUAUCCGAAUGCAUUAUUCAUGACUCAGGCAUCGGUUAGUCGGUGGGGGUCAUUAGCGUUUGAUUAUAAGUUUUGAUCUUACUUGGUUUAAGUUCAUUACAGUUCUUCGUUGUUGAAAUGUUCAAAAUUGUUUGUGUGUAGUGUUUUUUUGGUAAGAUUUUGGUGUAAAUAGUGGUAGAUGGGUCGAUGGUAGAUUUUCGUCGUUGUAGUUGUUGACUCCUUCGAUAUUGUGUUAUUUCAGGAGGAUCUGCUCCUGUGUUUUUUUUUGGGAUGUAUUGGUCAUCAUCAAUAAGAAAAUGAGUGUUGAGUAAAGAAAAAAGACACAGGAGAAUUCAUAAUCUGAUCAUAAGUUUGUGACCCCUGUCUUCCUCGGAUUGUGUUUUAAUAAUUAUCACUUCAUUUUAUAUUUUUUAAUCUUAAUACUUCUUAGCAAUCGGCAUUCCAGUACCAGAGGAAAAAUAUUUGUUUCUUUUGGCUUUCUGAAAGUAAAGUUGUAUACUGGAGUAAGGAGGAGGAGGAGAUUUUUGCUAUACUUGUUGAGGUGCUGGCUAAAUUCUCUGUUGGGGCCAUUGUAUCUUAUGGGAAUACCUGAUAGUUCAUUACUAGAUCUGGUAGAAAAGGUUAGAUCUUGGGUUUCUUGGCGAGCAAGUGAUCUGCAAUGUUUGUCUGACCAAUUUGAUAUGCUUAAAAGUAGCAGUCAAAUGUGUUGCAAUUGUCAAAGAAACAUCAAUGAAAUGUUCCUCAAAUACAACUGCAGAAGUUGUGGGCGUUGGUUAUGUGGGAAAUGUGUUGAAGGUUGUGAUCUUAGCAAUCUUGAAUCUGAGGACUGUGCGUUUAGGAAGACAAUCAAUUCUUGCAAAUUUUGUUCUGAUUUUAAAGGGAAGUUUAGUGAUACCCAAGAGAGUCCAAGACAAAGUCCUGAGCCACCAUCACCAUGUUUCAGUGUUGAAAGUGAAAGGACCUGUUCUCCACUGAAUAUUGAGUCAAGUAAGAGCUAUCUUCAACCCCAAGAUUAUGCAUAUGUUCCCGAUGCCGUGAUCAGCAGGUGUAUGGCCUUGUCUGGUUCUCCGCCUGCUCAAGCAACUGCUCUUCCAUCUUCACGGAGGAAUGAUGGAAAAAGGAUUGCUGAUUCUGGGAAGCAUCUUUAUAGCCCGUCAAGUACAUAUUGCCAUAGUGGUACUGAUACACAUUCUAGUGCUAGAGCUAGCCAUGUAACUUGCAACUAUAAGUGUAGGGGGUCAGAUUCUGUUGAAAGCCCCUCUAGGAUUGAUUUUGCUUCCAGUAGAGUUGGGCUUCCUGUACAGUGGGGGCAAGAAAGAAGCCCCAUUUCUCAGUACAAUGGUCCCUUUGGUGAACAAACUAUGGCUGUUUUAAGUAAGCCUGAACAAGGGACUGCAGAUUCAUAUAAUACUGAUUAUUUUUCUGAUGACUUGUCAUUUUUCUGGAGCCAGAAUGAGAAUUCUCAGAGGCCAUUGGAUUUUCAAAACAAUGACACUAUCUGGUUUCCUCCUUUGCCUGAUGAUGAAUAUGAUGAUACAGAAGAAAGUAUUUUUGCAUUUGAUGAUGAAGAUGAUGAUAUCGGUGAUUCAAGUGCCUUGUUCACAUCCAGUAGUAGUCUGUCUACUGUGUUUCCAUCAAAGGAGAAACAUAACAUAGAAAAUAAAGAACCUUUAAAAGCUGUUAUACAGGGACAUUUUAGAGCUCUAGUUUCACAGCUUUUACAAGGAGAGGGUAUUAAAGUUAGUAAGGAAAGUUGUUCCAAUGACUGGCUUGACAUUGUUGUAACAAUAGCAUGGCAGGCUGCCAACUUUGUAAGACCAGAUACCAGCAAAGGAGGCAGUAUGGAUCCUGGUGAUUAUGUAAAGGUUAAAUGUUUAGCAUCUGGAAGUCCAAGUGACAGCACCUUCAUUAAAGGAUUAGUUUGUACAAAAAGUAUAAAGCAUAAGCGCAUGACUUCACAAUAUAAAAAGCCUAGAAUACUUCUUUUAGCAGGAGCACUGGAAUAUCAGAAGGCUCCAAGUCAACUGGCUUCUUUUAAUACUUUGUUGCAGCAGGAAAAUGAUCAUAUUAAGAUGAUGAUUUCAAAAAUUGAGGCUCUUCGGCCGAACGUUUUGCUGGUAGAAAAAACUGUAGCUUCAUGUGCCCAGGAAUAUCUGCUGGCAAACGAAAUUUCACUGGUGUUGAAUGUUAAGUCAUUGCUGGAGCGUAUAGCCUGCUGCACUGGUGCUCUUAUCACUCCAUCAAUAGAUUAUUUAUCAACAGCACGAUUGGGGCACUGUGAACUAUUCAGAUUGAACAGAAUGGUAGAAGAUCAUGAGACUGCCAAUCAGUUCAACAAAAAGCCAUCCAAAACCUUUAUUUUUGAAGGUUGUCCAAGGCGUUUGGGCUGUACGGUCCUACUGAAGGGUGCAUGCCGUGCAGAACUAAAGAAAAUCAAGCAUGUGGUUAAAUAUGCAGUUUUUGCAGCUUAUCAUUUAUCUCUUGAGACAUCAUUCCGUGAUGAGGGUGCCACCCUUCCUAAAAGGAGAUCAAGACACUCCAUAGCCUUUACAGAGGGGAUUUCUGCUGACAAUGACAUAUCUAUAUUUUCUAACGCUGAUAGUGCCACUAUGUGCCAGUCAGAGGCUGAUGAUAUGGAUAGGGUGAAAGAAUUAAUGGUUCUUCAAUCAAAGAUUGAAGGAUUGGGAUCAGAAUUAGAGCAUCUUAGUGAACUUAAAUCUCCUUCUAAUGCAAGGAUGAUGGGUUAUAGUGUUGGGAAGGUACUCUCUAAUGCAUGCCAUGAUGACUUAAUAGAUAAUUUGACUAUAGAAUCAUGUUAUUUGAAUCAGAGCAAUGAAUCAGAGGGAGAUCCUAUGCCUCCUUGUUGGAGAGACUAUUGGCAACCAGAUAUGCAGAAAAGCAUGUUCAAGGUGAGGCAGCAAGGUGAAAUUAGUCAAUUGUCUAAAGAUGAAAAUGGUGAGAAAUAUGGAAAUGAACUCUCUGGUAAAUACUUUUCUGCCGCUGAUGGUAAUCAGAGCAUAUUGGUGUACUUUUCUAGCCACUGUGUGUCCAAGGGAAUGGUAUGUGAGCACACAAAGCUGCUUCGGAUAAAGUUUUAUGGUUCUGAUGACACGCCUCUUGGAAGAUAUCUUCAUGAGAAUCUUUUCAGUCAGACAUCUCACUGUCAGUCUUGUAAAGAGCCUAUGGAGGCCCACGUUCUGUGUUUGCACCAGGAAGGAAAUCUUACAAUCAAGGUUAAGCACCUUCCGUUGGCAAAAUUACCAGGGGAAAGAGAUGGCAAGAUUUGGAUGUGGCAUCGAUGCCUUAAAUGUCCUCAUAUAAAUGGAGUUCCACCAGCAACUCGAAGAGUGGUUAUGUCAGAUGCUGCCUGGGGCUUGUCUUUUGGAAAGUUCUUGGAACUUAGCCUCUCAAACAAUGCAACUGCAAAUCGAGUUGCAAUCUGUGGUCAUUCUCUGCAGAGGCAUUGCCUCCGUUUUUAUGGUUUUGGAAGCAUGGUUGCUUUCUUCCAGUAUUCCCCUAUUUAUAUUCUCUCAGUACAUCUGCCCCCAUCCGUGUUGGAAUUUAGCCAUAAUCAGGGGUGGAUAAGAAAGGAGGCAAGAGAGCUUUUGGGCAAAAUGGAAACAUUGUACGGGGAAAUAUCAGAUUUGCUUGAAUGCAUGGAGAAGCGUGUAUCUUUUGGUGCUGGGUAUGAGCUGUCUGAUACCUGUGACAUUCAUAACAACAUAGCGGAGCUCAAAGAUAUAAUUAGAGAGGAAAGAAGUGAAUAUCAUAGUCUGCUAGCAUCAGCAACUGCAGAAACCUCACAACCAAGGAAGAUGGCUUUAGACAUUCUGGAAUUAAAUCGCUUAAGACGUAACCUUCUGAUUGGUUCACAUGUUUGGGAUCAUCAGCUUUACUCUUUGGACUCUUUAAUAAAAAAGAUUUCUAGUUCCAAGUUCAAACAAGGAAAUGAAUCUUCGGCAGACUUUAGAGAUUUAAGAGUUGACUUAUGUCACAAGGAUCCCAAUUUUGACCAUGGGCCUGAGCAGUGUAGCCUUCAGCCAUCCAAUUUAACGGAAUAUCCUGAAAGUUGUAUUCUUAGACAGAUGGAUGAGCAUCGUGAUCCAGGUUCUGAAGCUUGUACAUCUCAUACAGACAGAGAACGCUUGCUUUCAGAUAUUGACUUUGUUGUCAAUAAAACAUCUUCUGAUUGUCUCCCCUCUCAGGAAUCUAAUCUUUCUGAGAAAAUAGGUUCUGCCUGGACUGGAACUGAUCAGUCUCCUUCAAAAGUUGGACCUCUUCAUGCAUUUCAAGUAGAUGGUAGUCUACAAGCUGGAAGUACCAGUCAGUCUGAAUUAAAUGAGAAGCCCCCUUUUAGAAGGUUGAUCCAGCCAGUGAGAGUUCAUUCUUUUGGUUCAGCAUUAAGAGUUCAAGAAAGAAGUCGGCGAGCCUUACCCCUCUCAUUACGGUUGUCAACACUUAGAUCUUUUCAUGCUUCUGGUGAUUACAGGGAUAUGGUUAGAGAUCCUGUUUCUAAUCCAUUGCAGACUCACUUUCAAAUGUCACCAUGGGAGGUGCAGAAGCUAAAUCUGAUGCUGAGCUCCAGACCACUAUUCAUCUCCUCUGCAUGUCAUGUGGCUGAAGGUGUGCGGUUGCUGCUUCCCCAAACACAUCAUGGUGAUAGAGUUAUUGCUGUUUAUGAUGAUGAUUACUCUAGCAUAAUAUCUUAUGCCCUUAGUUCUAGGGAAUACGAAGAUGGGGUUGCACAUAAGUUGGAUCUACAUUGUGGAAGCUUGAUUAUGCAUGAAAGAAACAGACAAUAUUCAGCUGCUUCCUUUUCAGCCCAGCAGUCUGUUGGUUCUUCAGACUUUGAGUAUAUCCAUCAUGGUGGAUAUGGGUCAGAAGAUGCUCCAUCAUCUAUUGCCUCUCUUCUAAUGGACUCCAAAAAAUCUUUACACUUGAGAAUUUCUUUUGGUGAUGAUUCUUUGGGCGCUGGAGGAAAAGUGAGCUUUUCUGUCACUUGUUAUUAUGCAAAGCAGUUUGAUUUACUUAGAAAAAUGUGCUUCCCUAAUGAAGUUGAUUUUAUACGUUCCUUGAGCCGCUGCCAUAGAUGGAGUGCACAAGGAGGAAAAAGUAAUGUAUAUUUUGCCAAGUCUUUGGAUGAUAGGUUUAUAAUUAAACAAGUCAUAAAGACAGAACUCGAUUCCUUUGAAAAAUUUGCACCUCAGUACUUUACGUACCUGAUGGAUUCCCUUAGUUCAGGAAGCCCAACUUGCCUUGCUAAAAUUCUUGGUAUCUAUCAGGUCACUGUCAAAUACCCAAAAGGUGGGAAGGAAACGAAAAUAGAUCUGAUGGUAAUGGAGAAUAUCUUCUAUAAGAGAAAUAUAUCUAAAGUAUAUGAUCUUAAGGGCUCAAAAAGAUCAAGGUACAAUACAGAAACAACUGGGACAAUGUUAGACAUGAAUUUGUUAGAAGCAUUGAGGACAAAGCCCAUAUUUCUUGGGAGCAGGGCAAAGAGACGUCUUGAGAGAGCUGUAUGGAAUGACACAGCCUUUUUGGCGUCAGUGGAUGUGAUGGAUUACUCGUUGCUGGUAGGGGUGGAUAACGAGAGGAAGGAGCUGGUGUUGGGGAUAAUAGACUUCAUGAGGCAGUACACAUGGGACAAGCAUUUGGAGACAUGGGUUAAGGCCACUGGGAUACUUGGUGGUCCUAAGGAUGCUUCUCCCACAAUUGUUUCUCCUAAACUCUACAAGAAGAGAUUCAGGAAGGCCAUGACUACCUACUUUCUCACUCUCCCUCAUCAGGGGUCAUCCUCCUCUGGCUAAUGUAUUAUAAUUCUUUUUCUGAGCUGUGUAUUGAUUCUUCAAUAAGAAUCUCAGUGUUGGGUGAGGAUAAUUGUACAUACGUGCAUGGGGAAACUUGAAGAGUGAUAAAUCCAGACUUUUGAUUUGUGUAUGAUGGGGGAAAUAAUAGCCUUGACCAGAACUUGGAACCAAGAUUGCUCAGGAUAAUUGUGCAUUUUUCUUA